UCCCGCCAUCUUUGGCGUCUGUGGCCGCUUUUCUUCUCUGCCUUGGCUUUAGAAGUGCACCAGGUCCCGUCGCCUGUGACUCGCUGGUGCCUGGACAUCCAGCGUGAGGGGGCCGCUCACCCGGAGUCCCGAAAUGGGCUUGGUGUCAUUUGAGGACGUGGCUGUGGACUUCACAUGGCAGGAGUGGCAGGAGCUGGAUGCUGCUCAGAGGACCCUCUAUAGGGAUGUGAUGCUGGAGAACUACAGUAGCCUGGUCUCCUUGGGGCACUGCUUGACUAAACCUGAGUUGAUCUUCAGGUUGGAGCAUGGAUUUGGACCAUGGAGCAUAGGAGAGAACUCACUCUGGAAUCUCCCAGGUGUUCUUGAAGUGUAUGCUUCAGAUAAGAGUUGCUUGGAAAAUCAGGGGAGUCAUGUGUGGCCAGUGGGAAGCAUCAGCAGGAAUCUGUCAAACAGAGAGAUGAUUGAAGCAGAAAUGAAGGUUCAAUUGGAACUCCAUCGAGGUAUAAAGCCCUAUGAAUGUAAACCAUGUGUGAAAUCGAUUAACCUGCCAUCGCAGCACAGCAAGCAGCGUGAAUAUUACUCAAGCAUGAAACCCUGCGAAUGGAAGGAAUGUCAGAAAGCUUUCUGUUAUAAGUCAGCGCUCACUGGACAUCAGAGAACUCGUACAAGAUUGAAGAUCUAUCAGUGUACAGAAUGCAGGAAAGCUUUUCCCUCCAAAUCAGAACUCACUGUACAUCAUAGAAUUCAUACCGGUGAGAAACCUCAUGAAUGUGAAGAAUGUGGUAAAGCUUUCUAUCGUAAGUCAACCCUUACUGUGCAUCAGAAAACUCAUAGAGGUGAGAAACCUUAUGAAUGCAAGGAGUGUUGGAAGGCUUUCUAUUAUAAGUCAACCCUGACUGAACAUCAGCGAAUUCAUACUGGUGAAAAGCCUUACGUGUGUAAAGACUGUGGCAAAGCUUUCUUCUACAAGUCAAACUUAACUCGCCAUCAUAGAACCCAUACAGGUGAGAAGCCUUAUGAAUGUGAAGAAUGUAGGAAAGGUUUCUCCUCCAAGUCAGAGCUCACUUCCCAUCAUAGAACUCAUACAGGUGAGAAGCCCUAUCAGUGUGAAGAGUGUGGGAAAGCUUUUUACUGCAAGUCAACCCUCCGUGUACAUCAAAAAAUCCAUACAGGUGAAAAGCCGUAUGAGUGUAAAGAAUGUCAGAAAUCUUUUUAUUAUAAGUCAACCCUGACUGAACAUCAGAGAACUCACACAGGCGAGAAGCCCUAUGAAUGUAAAGACUGUGGCAAAGCUUUCUUCUACAAGUCACAGUUAACUCGCCACCAUAGGAUUCAUACAGGUGAGAAGCCUUAUGAAUGUGAAGAGUGCAGGAAAGCUUUUUCCUCCAAGUCAGAGCUCACUGCCCAUCAUAGAACUCAUACUGGUGAGAAGCCCUAUGAAUGUAAAGAAUGUGGCAAAUGUUUCUGUCGCAAGUCACAUUUAACUCUACAUCAUAGAAUCCAUACAGGUGAGAAGCCCUAUGAAUGUAAAGAUUGUAGAAAAGCUUUUUUCUGCAAGUCAGGACUUGCCCGACAUCUGGGAACUCAUACACAUGACACUAAUACAAAGAAUAGAGAAAAGCAUUUUCCUGCAACUCACAUGUCAACCAACAUCAGAAAUGUCAUACAAUUAAGAAACCCUGUGAGUAUAAAGAAUGAAGAGAAACUCUCUACUGUAAAUCAGUCCUCACUCCAUACCAUAGAUUUCUUACAGUUGAGAAGUCCUAUCGAUGUGCAUAAUGCAAGAAAACUUCCCUUUGUAACUCAUGCCUCAUUCAGUAUGAGUGAACUCAGAUGAGACACACUAAUAGUGUAGAGAAGGCAAGAAAGCUCGCAGUCAGCCAAGAUGAGUUGACAUCAGAGAAUGUAGAAUGAUGACAGCAAAGAACAAGUGAAAACUGCCACAAGGGAGACCUUUCUCAACAUCUGAAAAUCCAUAUUGGUUGGUGUGUGCCACUGUGUCUGGAAAGAAUGUAGGAAAGCUCUACUGUAGUUAUCUCUCUGUAAGCAUCAUACAUGUGAAGAAGCUUAGGGAUUUCAGUUUUAAAAGUUUUAAAUGAUGAUUCAAAUCUCAGUUGAUAUGAGUAUACAUGCUAUGAAGAAUCCUGAGGAUGUUAAAAAUCCAACAUUUUAUAGUGUAGAAUAUUGUAUAUGUACUAACCUUGGGAAACAAACAUGUAAGGGGCCUUGCUAAAGAACAUAGGAAAACUUUGAUAGUCAAAUCACAUUCUGCAUCAGAAAAGUUAUAUAGGUGAGUGACUAUGUACAGAUAACAAUUUUGUCCUGUAUGAUACUUGUUUAUGUUCCAUGGUCAUUGAGACAUUUCUAUUCAAACUAGAAAUAUAGCCUGUCCAACUCUGGUGGGCCUGGAGUUGUAUAUAAUAGCAUGUAUAGAAAUGUAGUUCAGAAGUGGUGCUGAGGUAUGCUGGAUGUGACUGUGACAUUGUACCUGAUAGGCACUGUCUUUUGUGGGACUUUUAAAGUUACUGAUGCUCUGUGUUUUCUUAUUUUCAUCUGGCAAGAGAAAAAAAUGGUGGAUCUUCUCAAAUUCAUUUUAAUCGGACAGUCACUGGCAUGGGAGUCAUGAAAUUAACAGUACUUAUUUCCCAAUCCUCACAGAAAUGCAGUUUUGCGUGGUAACAGUUAUAUCAGAUUAGGAGCACACGAGAGACCAAGGUACAUGGGGUUUUGUACCAUACUUUGCAGAUACACAAAGUAAUUUAGUUGGGCCAGAUACACACAGUUUGAGGUCAAAGGACAGUUCUCUUUGUGACUGAAGGGAGAAUAAUCUUCAGUAACAUACUUCAACCCUGGCAGAAAAGAAUCUAAAUAAUGGUGUCCUAGGUGACUGUCCUCGGAGCAAAGCAACUGCCAUCUUGGGAAAUUCAGCUGUGCCACCUUGCAAAAGCUAAUCCCAGCUGGGCUUGUUGAUGGUUUAUAGCCUCCUCUCCUCCCCUCAGUAGCCAGUUGCUCCCUAUCAAUUGGCAAUUCUAUAGACUGCCUGGAGAAAAGAUUUAGACAGUAUGUGUAUGUAUUUGUAUCUGUAUAUAUGCAUAUGUGUAUGCAUGCCAGGGAAGGCAAUAUAUCCUCCAUCUAUGCUGUUUGGAAGAAACAUGGUUCUUGCUGGGUAAAGUUUUCCAGAUGUGGCCCAUUAGGGAUGGAGAACCCACACUCUUGGAAGUAACCCUCACCACCCAAGCUUUCUCUGUAAGGAAGCCAAAUAAACUCGUUGGUUUAUUUGGGACUUUGUUUGAAUCAUGCCCUUGUUUGCCAUUAGGACCUUAGGCUCUUCGAAGAGAUAGACACUGAUUAUGUCUCCCCGUGGAAGGAAUUUAUAACAAUAUAGGGUCAUCAUUAGAUGAACCCGCAGCCAAGAUGAGGCAGCGGCAGCAUAAUGUGAGUUCCUAUAGUAAGUUGGGUCUUUGGGAAUUCGGGGUGAGCCUUUUUUUCUGCUAUAUUCUCUAAAUCCAGUCUUUCUUACCUUUCCCCAUAGAGAGAGUAGGUAGUGCAAAAACUUCUGUGCUUAGAAAAUUUCGUGCUCAGGUUGAAUUAGGGUACGAGGUACUAACUUGUAAAGUUAACAUGAGAUAUGCUGUAGUAUUACUGUUUACCUUAAUAGCCUCCAGGAAUUUUAGUAAUCCACCCUGACUCACUGGAGUGAGAAAAUAAGACACAUAAGGAGACACAUAAGGGCUCCAGUGACUCCCAAGUGGUGUAUCGAAAUGAGUUUUCAGUUCAGCAGUCACCUGGGCCUUGAGUGUGCGCCAAGCAUGUGUAUGCAUCACUACUGUGGUGGCCAGUGUCUUCUCUUUACAUGCCACCUUUCUCAUUGACCUGGCAGUUCUGGCUCAUUGAAUGAUUAUGUGGAUAUGGUGAUCCUGGAACCAGAGCUUUUGGACAAGGAGUAUGGCUGAGGCCUAGGAAGAAGUCUCAAAACCUCAACACAUAGAAAAACUCCCUUUAGAGGAGUCAGACCCGAGAUUAUGCUCUGGUGCAUAUUGUCUGCUUUAUCAGAUGUCAUCUUGACAAGAUUCAAACCAGCCAGAUACUAAGGUGCCUGAAUACACAGAAGUGUGAGGUUUUUACUGACUUGGAGUUAGUUUCUAGUAAUAGUAGAUUAGAGAUAGAACGUGUCCCUGCUAAAUCAAGGAAAAACUAGUGGCCAGUAUACCUUUUCUUUCUUUUUUUUAAAUAUUUAUUUAUUAUGUAUACAAUAUUCUGUCUGUGUAUAUGCCUGAAGGACAGAAGAGGGCACCAGACCCUAUUACAGAUGGUUGUGAGCCACCAUGUGGUUGCUGGGAAUUGAACUCAGGACCUUUGGAAGAACAGGCAAUGCUCUUAACCUCUGAGCCAUCUCCAGCUCCCUGUACACAUUUUCUAUGUGAGCCCACAUUUCCCCAGCCUUUGAUCAGAGGUUUAGAUUUAUGAUAGUUCCCAUAUUUUCUUUUAGAGCCACACACAGCUGCAUCCACAAGGUCUGGGAAAUAGUGCAAAUGAUAGCAGGUGUGGUAGCAGUGAUGUGGGGGAAGAGGGUGGAAUUUGGAUAGACCUUGGCUGCCUGCCUCCCUCCCAUCUUACAUUGGUUUAAUCUACCCUUGGCAUUGGGUUCAGGACCACCAUCUCUUAGCUACCACAGCUUAAGCUCUUAGACUCCAAAUUUAUUGACUAAAUGUAGUUCUUAUAUACAACUGCCAAAUGUUUUGAGAAUCACAGGGAAUGGAAUAUAAUAAGUGAGUCUAUAUGUAUGACAUACUCAUUGAAAAAGUGAUGGAAGGUGCUAAGUCAUACAAGCAAGCUUUUGACUGUUUUCUCCAAAUAUCAGACUGCACAAACUGCUCCAGUUGCCAGAUACUUUAAUCACAGGGAUAUGUUUGCACUUGUGAAGGUACUCUCAAAAAGAAAUACUUUGUAGAUAAGUGGGAUUGGUUCCUGCAGUCUAAUUGAACAAUUUGUAAAUAAAAUGAAAAUGCUCUAGUAAGCAUCGUCUGCCUGUGUAUAAUUGGGAUCAUUAAUGUGAACAUAUAGUUACUGUACAUUUUAAUUUCUUUGUGACUGUUUUUCUUUGCACUGUGGAGUUUUAACUCUUUGAACCAGUAUUGCUAUACAUGAACACUAAUUUCUGUAUUGUGUCAUUGGUAGGAUAAUGUCAAAUACAUUCAUGAGCUAAUUUUCCUAAAUGAAUAAUUUAAAUACAGUAUUAUUUUCCCUCUUCCUUUUCCUUCCUCCAGCAUUUCCUUUGUAGUCCCUUGCUCUUUUAAAUUCACGGUAUCUUUUUAACAUUUGUUACUGAUGUGUGUGA